AAAAUCACGGCUGGCCGAGAGAGGAGAGGCCGGCCGGGGCAGAAUAAAGAGCGCAGGCCGUGAUGCGAUUACCCGCGGCUACGUGGCCGGCGGGUGACUCAGCGCUGAACUUGGCGCCAGGUCAGGCAGCCUUGAGCUCCGCUAACGGCCACACUGCGAGAUUAGGCGGAUGUAACAAUCACCUGAAAGGGGAGAUUAAAGCGCCUCUCCGGGGGCUCCUUUGUUCUCGGCUUCAUUUGAUGCUUCGCGGCCUUUUCAAACCGCGCAGCGGAAGGUGCUUUAAAUAUUUGCCCCCCAGAGUCGAACCCCCCGCCCCCACGGGGUGCGAGCGGGCGGUGGCAGAGAUGCCCAUGGACAAGGGCCGCUUCUCGGUGGAGUGGCUGGCACAGAGCAGCUGUGGCGGGGCUCGGACUGCUCACCGACACCUCCGCGACGCCCAGGACAGCCGCCCAACGGACCUCGGUGCCGGAGGUCCGGAGCGGAGCGGUCCUGAAGCGGAGGGAGGAGGAGGAGGAGGCGCUGCCGUGCCCGGGCGGCCCCGCACCAAGUUCUCGGCGGCGCAGCUGCAGGAGCUGGAGCGGAGUUUCCGCGAGCAGCGCUACAUCGGCGCCAGCGAGAAGCGGCGCCUGGCCGCCCUGCUCAACCUCUCCCAGAGCCAGAUAAAAACCUGGUUUCAGAAUCGCCGGAUGAAGUUUAAACGCGAGACGCAAGAUGCCAGGGUGGAAGCUCUGGUCUCUGGUUUGUUUCUGCCCUAUCGCUGUUACCCAGAUGUUGUCACACCCAGCCCUUCUCACGGGAUAGACUCCAGUGUCUCUGCUGCCCGUGGUGUCUCCCUCCACCCGGCGGUGCCGAGCCCUGCCCUGCUGGUACCCACGGUUCCGGCUCCGUCUGCUCAGCCAGUUCUGCCAAGCCCAGCCUUAUUUUUACCUCCCAGCUCAGGACUCUCUUCUUAUUCUACCACAAUGCCAGCAAUGACUUUAACCAACGACCAUAAAAGACUGAGGUUCCAGCCAUAUCUUCCUUCCUUUUAAAAAAAGUCAAAGUCUAUCUGCAUUAACAACUGCCAAAUAUCUAAAGAAUACUUAUUUAGUUAUACUAAAUAUAUGUAUGACUUAGAUUUUUUUCUAAUGUUACAAGGAGAAAACGAUCUAUGUUAGAGGAAUAAUACUGAGUGGAAGUGAAGGAAUUGGAACUUUCCUUACUCCUACAAUCUUUCCUCUACUGUAUUGAAACUUUUCCUAUCCAAGUUUGUUUUCAGAACACAACCUGUAAUCAGCUGGGGCUCUCCAAGGAAAAAUUGGAAGCAUUGGUUACACUGAAGUUUACACAGUAACUAAAUAAUGUAAUAAUAAUUUGAGAAUGUGACUAUUCUAAUGAACUGUGAGGUUUUUAAGGAAAGACUUAUAAACUGCAGCAAAUGAAUGAAAAUGGUACAGAAGGUGUUGGCCCUAUGAACAAAGCUGAACAGGCUGUCCAA